ACUACCACGCGGCUAGAAUUAACUAAGAACGGCUUAACGCGACAAAGAAAACGCAGAGAAACUCAGUUGCAACAAAGAACGAAUCUUCAUGAUAAUAAUUCAAUAAUUGAUGAUACUAUAACUAGCUAUUUUUGCGUUCCAAAUUCCAUUAGCUUUCCAUUUCAAUUCUGCUCGUUGUUGCUUUCGUCAUCAAAACUAAAGAGAAAUUUCAUGGAAUUAGAAACAACAGAGCUAGAUGUUCUUACAUCACAACUUCAACAAACAUUCAAACAAGUUCAAGAUGACCGAACUACGAGGCGUUAUCUUAAGUCAACCCUAAAGGAUUUGACUCCACUUGUUCAAGAAAUUAAACAAUACAAUGAACAAUUGAAUCCACCUAGAGAAGAAAUUAAGACUCUCAUAAGAGAAAAUGAUGCACAAGAUAGGGGAGAAGAUUCUAUCAAGAAUCUUUGUUGGCAUAAGUUUAUGUCUUGGAUUAAGAUUUGUAUAGAUGGAGUUUGGCAUAAAAGGAAUGGUGAUUUUGAUGAUUCCUAUGUUGUUGAUAACAAAAGAGCUCUUGUAGCAAAAGAUGUUAAGGAUACACUUUAUAAGUUGAGAGAAAUUCUUGAGAUUCUCAAUAAAGAGGAUUUUGAGAAGAAAGUAAUUGGAUCUAGAGGAGGAUUAGUUUUCAAGGGUCCUUUUGGUGUUCGUGACAACCCGGAAUUCACGAUUGGUUUUGAUUUACUGUUGAUCAAGUCAAAGAUGGAACUUCUUAGGGAUGGCAGAUCUACACUUGUGUUGACUGGUUUGGGAGGAUUGGGAAAAACUACUUUGGCUACAAAGCUUUGUUGGGAUGAACAAAUCAAAGGUAAAUUCAAGGAAAAUAUUUUAUUUGUCGUCUUUUCAAAAACGCCCCAGUUGAAGAUUAUUGUAGAGAGACUAUUUGAACAUUGUGGAUAUCCAGUGCCUGAGUUUCAAAGUGAUGAAGAUGCAGUUAAUAGAUUGGGACUUUUGCUGAGGAAAAUUGAGGGAAGUCCAAUAUUGUUGGUCCUCGAUGAUGUUUGGCCUGGCUCAGAAGACCUCGUUGAGAAGUUUCAAUUCCAGAUAUCAGAUUAUAAAAUUUUGGUGACUUCGAGAGUUGCAUUUUCUAGAUUCGACAAAACAUUUAUCCUAAAGCCUCUUGUUCAUGAAGAUGCAGUAACCCUUUUCCAUCACUACUCACAGUUGGAAAAAAACAAUUCAAAUAUUCCCAACAAUGAUUUUAUCCAAAAGGUUGUGGGACAUUGCAAGGGUUUACCUAUCGCCAUUAAAGUGAUUGCAACAUCACUCCGUAAUCGGCCAUAUGAGUUGUGGCAAAAGAUUAUGAAGGAACUUUCACAAGGUCAUUCUAUACUUUAUUCUAAUACUGAAUUACUUACUCGCCUCCAAAAGAUCUUGGAUGUUUUGGAAGAUAAUCCCAUCAACAAGGAGUGCUUCAUGGACCUAGCAUUAUUCCCUGAAGACCAAAGAAUUCCUGUUGCUGCUCUCAUUGAUAUGUGGGCAGAGUUGUAUAGACUAGACGAUGACGGCAUAGAGGCAAUGAGCAUUAUCAACAAAUUAGACUCUAUGAAUCUGGCUAAUGUCUUAAUAGCAAGGAAAAAUGCAAGUGACACAGAAAAUUACUACUACAAUAACCACUUCAUCGUCCUUCAUGAUCUUCUAAGAGAGCUUGGAAUUUAUCAAAGCACUCAAGAACCUAUUGAAAAAAGAAAAAGACUGCUUAUUGAUGAAAAUGAGAACAUACGUGAUCGCUGGCUUGCGAAGAAGCAGCGAGGCACAAUGACCCACAUAUUGUCCAAAUUUCAUAGAUGGUGUGUUAAACCGAAACCUCAGCAGGUCCCCGCCCGCACAUUGUCUAUAUCAACGGAUGAAACUUGUGCUACAGAUUGGUCCCAAAUUCAACCAGCUCAGACUGAGGUUCUGAUUUUAAAUCUUCAAACCAAGCGGUACUCAUUUCCGGAGUUGAUGGAGAAAAUGAUCAAACUAAAAGUUCUCAUAGCCAUUAAUCACGGUUUCCGUCCUUCUGAACUAAACAAUUUUGAGCUACUUAGCUCUUUAUCCAACCUGAAUAGAAUCAGGCUAGAGGGGAUAUCUGUUCCUUCCUUUGGCACAUUGAAGACUCUGAAAAAAUUAUCCCUCUACAUGUGUAAAACGAAAUUGGCUUUUGAAAAGGGUAGCAUCCUAAUUUCGGAUGCAUUUCCAAAUUUAGAAGAUUUCAACAUUGACUAUUGCAAGGAUGUGGUGGCAUUGCCUAAUGGAGUGUGCGAUAUUCUCCCAUUAAAGAAACUCAGUGUUACUAAUUGCCAUAACCUUUUUUCACUGCCCCAAGAAAUUGGAAAGUUGGAGAAUCUGGAACUCUUGAGGCUGAUUUCCUGCACUGAUUUGGAAGAGCUACCAGAUUCCAUUGAUAGGCUUUCAAAUCUAAGACUACUCGACAUCUCGAACUGCAUAAGCCUGUCAAGUUUACCGGACGACAUUGGCAAUCUGCGUAAUCUAAGAAAUCUCUUCAUGACUAGUUGUGCAAGUUGUGAAUUGCCAUUCUCAGUCGUCAAUCUUGAUAAUUUAAAGGUGAUAUGCGACGAAGAGACGGCUGCUUCAUGGGAAGCUUUCCAAUUUAUGAUUCCCAAUCUAAUUAUAGAGGUUCCUAAAGUUGAUGUCAACUUAAAUUGGCUUCAUGCAGUUCGCUCCUAAAACCUGCAUGCACUCUUCUUCUGCUUUUGGAAGAUGUCGUCGAAGACACAUGAAAGCAGACAGAGAAAAUAUUUGGCUUUCUAUUAAUGAACUCGCCAAACAAGAAUAUAUAUAGAUAAUAUUCCAAAUCCGAGGAGAUUUGUCAAUUUUCAGGCCAGCUAUUUUGAGUGGUUGAUCACCUAUGAAGCACAAAUACGACACCGACACCGACACCGACACAGAGACACCAAUAAUAGUUUGAUAAAUGAAUUAAUUGAAAGUAAUUACAUAUGUUGGUGUCGUGUCAAUAUCGAUGUUGGACACCAGACACACCUUUGACUAGAAUGUCUGUGCUACAAAGUUGAUCACUUGGCAACAUUGAGAGUCAUUUGAUUAUUGAUUCUAGUAGCUAGCAAUGUGCUUACAUGUCUCAAAAAAGGCUUCUAUGUUUAAGAUCUGCGGGUAGGAAGGAAUCAAAAACAAAAGAGUCGACAAAGAGGAAGAAUAACAGGGAUACUGAUGGUAAGGCACAUAUAAAGAAAAUGAAAAUCAAUGAUGAUUCUUCUUCAGCACCUGCUGCAUCUGAGGUGGACAAUUUACAACUAUGUAUGCGAACAGAGGAAGUGUGACGUGGUGAUCAGACAUUGGUUUAGAAUAAAAUUGGCAGGGGAAGAGGUAGAGGUGUAGGAGUUAAAAGAGUUGUGAAAUUGAAACAUUAUCUAGUAGUAUUAACAUUGACAAUCAUGCGCCAAGAGCACAAGUUGAUGUGUCAAAAAUUCCAGUUGUGCAAAGGCUAAGCUUCAUUCUGAUCCUUCUAAUACGUGAAUUGAAAAUAUGAAAUACAGUGCUCUUUCAGGCUUCAAGUUAUUUACUGGAGACAAGAGGCUCCCCUGCUCUAUCCUUGUUGAUAUGGAGGCAGAACUCCAUGAUGAAGAUGAUGUGAGUGCAAUGGAGAAAGUUCACUAAAAUGUCAACGUGAACAUGGUUGAUAUUAUUUUUUUGUAAUACACAAUACGUGGCCUGGUGGGGUUGCUCUUAAAACAAUCUGAUAUUCUGUGUGAUUUUCUUGUAAAGGCACUAAGUGCCACUUGUAAAAUUAUACACAUGAAAAUGAACCGUUGAUUUUUCUGUUUGGCAAUAAAGUAAGAGACAUGAUUGGUGAAUUUUGCACCAUUAGGCGUCAUUGGGUGUAACUAGUACUUAGUUUUAAUUUUUCUCUUUUGAUUUUUUAAUAAUCCGAACAAGGUUAGUUCAAUAGAGUUGUCUUACUCAUUCACAAGUCUUCAUUACAUAAAACACAUUGACAUCAUUGAUUGCAUAAGCCUUUGGUAUAUCAAUUAAAGGUCGAUGUCAGAAAGUGGUUGUUUGACAUUAAUCAGGGGUUCAAGGGAUGAGCUUCUAGGCUAGAAUGGUGUAUUAUAGAUUUGAUAUUUUUAUGUAACUUAAAGACUAAGCUAUGUAUUUUGCCUUUAUUUCUUA